AUGCACGUGAUGUUCACGCUGAUGGCGCUUCGAACGACGAACCUGAAGAGCCCCACGACCCGUGGGCCUCGGCAGCCUGGAGUGGAGGUCAGGAUUCCUGGCGGGGACACUCCGGAUGGGAAGAGCGGGACCAGUGGAAGUCUUGGGAAGACCACCACUGGCGCCAAGGCAUGGAGAUCUCGCGGAGGCAAUGCUAUGCCUGGUGGAUGGCAGCCUCAGAAGCUCGGACAUGAUCUGACCGGCCCUCCAAGGACUUCAGAAGUUCCCCGUGGCCCUUCCGAGAAGAUGGUUGUCCCCAGUUUCUCUGGGGCUGUGGAAAGCGGCUCCGAAGACAUCGGAGCCAGUGCUCGGUCUUACAUGCGGCAAAUCGCCGCCUGGAGGCGGAUGACUCGUAUUGAGCCGUCCCGCCAAGCCCUCACUUUGUACCAGCACCUGAGCGGCAAGGCCUGGAUCGACGCGGAGCGCUUGGACGUCGACAAGCUCGCCGGUGACGACGGCAUGGAGUACUUCCUUGGUUGGGUGACUGACAGGUACUUAGAUGUACAAGUCACCCAGGUCGGCCGCUCCCUCGGCCUUUCUUUCGAGGACUCCAGAGGCCCAGAAGCUGUACCAGGCCCCAAGGUGUUCUACCCGAAGAAGAUCAGCAUUGAAGCCUACAACCUCCUCACAUCUGAUAAAGUGUCGUUCUUUGAUCCCAGUGGAUGGUCAACGUCGAAUGUUGAACAGAAGUCUGCUCUUCUCCAUGUCCUCGGAGCCUUGGAAGCAAAUCCUCAUUCCCGAUGUUGUGGGUCGGAAGAACUUCUUUCGGUAGAGCCUCCAAGCCCUCCUGUUCUUCUUGCUCGCCCCCUGAUGGCCUCACGGUCCCCGCUUCUGACGGCGCCUACGGUGACCAAGCAGAAGGGGCUAUGGGAUCUCCGUCGGGACGAGCUACUGAUGGAAGCCGAGGCGAGGGGACUCACCAUCCACGAGAAGUGGACGGUACCGGAGAUCCGUUCGAUCAUCCAGGAGGACAUGAAGCGCGGCACCCCCGCGACGGAGAUCGUGACUGGAGAGACGGUGCCGCUGACCAAGAUGACGAUCAAGGAGCUCGAGAAUGCGCUCGAGGCCUCGGGGAUAGCGAUUCCGGAGAAGGCCAACAAAGGGAUGUUGAUGCGAAUGCUACGAGACCAAGGAGGACGAGGACCCCAGACGGUGCUCGCCUUCGGGAGGUUCAAGGGGCGGAUGUACCAGGAGACCCCGAUCUCGUACCGGCGCUGGGCUGUUCAGGAGGUGUCCGAGAACGACGGGGCCCAGGAGGACUUGAAGAUGUUCGCGGCGUGGGCGAGCCGAGCUCUGGAGAUCACGGACGGCUAUGCGAGCAGCUCGGUCCCUCCCCCUUAUGUGGACUCGGAACACUCGGCGAGGAUCCCCUACAACCCGGAGUCCUUCGGCGGCAGCUCGUGGGAUGUGGUCCCGACGAGGAGCACGACUACUACCCGGACGUCCACGAGACCCAAGGCCAGACCGACCCGGACGGAGAACGAGGUGAUCGAACAGCGCAUCCAAGCGCAGCGGCGCCAAGCCCCGCCAUCGUCUCUUGGAAGCCACAUGGACCAGGAGAUCGACCCCCAGGUCAUGGACGAGAUUCAGUACCUCCAGGCGCGGCUGGCGGUGUUGCGCGACCGGCACGGAAUGAUGAUCUUCCUGGCUCCUUCGACGCUACCAUCUCCGACACUGGCCUUUUCUAUGAAGCUGGGAGGAACCAGCCCGCAGAGCCAACCAACAGUUUUGAUGCCGACGGAGUUCGGCGCAAAGGCCAUUUUGGCGGGUCUCUCGGAGACCAAUGCAGACUUAAUUCGUUUUCUGAAGUUCGAGCACCUCAUCUGCUUUGUCAAGGAGAUCCUGCCGGAAGACCUUCUGUACUACCUGAACCUCUUCAACCACGAGAUCAUUCUGAAACCUUUCCUCGCGCUUCGGGUCCUGGUUACCAGAACACCAGUGGAACCCAUUGCAAUCCUGGCGGACUUCCUGGUGAUCCCAUGUCUUCGGCACUACCCGUACCAGGUGAUCCAGUUCCCAGUGACCAGAACACCAAUGGAACCCGUUGCAAUCCUGGCGGACUUCCUGGUGAUCCCAUGUCUUCGGCACUACCUGUACCAGGUGUUCCAGUUCCCAGUGACCAGAACACCAGUGGAACCCGUUGCAAUCCUGGCGGACUUCCUGGUGAUCUGUCUUGUGAGUCUCAACCGUCGAGGUCACCUUUGA